ACCAAAGCAUGAACCACCACAACCAAGUCUUCAAUGUAAUUCAGGACUUCUUGAUAACAGAGAUGGAAAAAAAAUAAAAUAAAAAAAAAAUCAUUUUCUUAAUAUGUAUCAAUUUCAGUGCGUUCCCUUCAUCCGGAGCCUUGUUUGGAACAGUAGAAAAAGAUGUAUAUAGAUAAGAGCUUUAAAGCAGCAUUACUACACAUCCAACAUAAACCAUGGGGUCUUCAACCUUAGAGAAGGCCCUCUCAUUUGUUUCCUUAGUCCUGUUUGUUAUGUUGUUGCCUUCACCCAAUUUAGCUUCUGCUUCUAUUCAAGAAGCUAAUGCUCUCCUCAAAUGGAAAGCCAAACUUCGACACCAAAACAAUUCUGUGCUAACGUCAUGGAUAUUUCCUUCAAAUUAUAAUGCCACCGGUUCUUCAAGCCACUCAAAAACAGGUGCCGUCCCGUGCACUUGGUCUGGCGUUUCCUGCAAUAUUGAUGGAAGUGUCACGAGACUGAACCUCACAAAUUCAAGUGUAAACGGUACGCUCUAUGAUUUCCCAUUCUUGUCUCUCCCUAAUAUUGCAUAUAUUGAUCUCAGUAUGAAUGGUCUUUUCGGUACCAUCCCACCUCAAAUCGGAAAACUCUCUAUACUCAUCUAUCUUGAUUUGUCCAUCAAUCAGUUUUUGGGAAUAAUCCCACCACAAAUCGGCCUGCUAACAAAUCUUCAGGUCCUCCACCUGAACCAGAAUCAAUUAAAUGGCUCAAUUCCUAAGGAAAUAGGCCAGCUAAAGUCCAUUUACGAGCUGGCUUUGUCCAGUAACAAUCUUGAUGGUCCCAUUCCCACUUCUUUGGGCAGUUUGAGCAGCUUGGCUUAUUUGUAUCUCUAUGAAAACGAACUCUCUGGUUCCAUUCCUCUGGAAAUGGGAAAUCUCGUCAACCUUGUCAAGCUUGAAAUGAAUACUAACCUUCUCACAGGUCCCAUCCCUUCCACUUUCAAGAACUUGAAUAAGCUAACCAUUUUGUACCUAUCCCAAAAUCAGCUCUCUCAUCCCAUUCCCCCAGAGAUAGGAAACCUGAAAUCGCUUGAGAGUCUGGUCCUUUAUACAAACAAUCUUUCCGGCUCAAUCCCGGCAUCCUUAGGUGAUCUAAGCUCCCUAACUAAUCUACUUCUCUACGACAAUCAACUCUCUGGUCUCAUUCCUAAAGAACUAGGGAAGUUAAAGUCUCUUAAUGAUCUAGAAUUGAGUGAGAAUCAACUCAAUGGUUCUGUUCCUGCUUCAUUUGGUAAUUUGAGUAACUUGGAGAUGUUGCACCUUCGUGACAACCAACUCUCCGGUCCCAUUCCACAAGAAAUUGGGAAUCUGAAUAACUUGGUCAUACUAGUAAUGGAUGAGAAUAAGUUUUCUGGCUUUCUGCCUGAAAAUAUUUGCCAAGGCAGGAAACUUAAACGUUUCACGGUAAACAAUAACCAGCUUACCGGUCUUGCCACCAAAAGCUUGAGAAACUGUUCUAGCUUAACCAGAGUGCGCCUCGAUGGAAACCAACUCACUGAAGAUGUGUCUAAAGUUUUUGGUGUGUAUCCAAAUCUUCAAUUCAUGGAUUUAAGUAACAACAAUUUUUUUGGUGAAAUCUCCUAUAAAUGGGGACAAUGCCCAAAACUGGCACACCUAAGGAUGGCUAGGAACAAUAUCACUGGACGAAUACCACCGGAGUUGGGAAAUAUAUCUCAACUUCAGGUACUUGAUCUUUCUUCAAAUCAAUUAGCCAAGGAUAUUCCAAAGGAACUAGGGAAGUUGAAUUUUCUAACGCUUAAUUUGAAAGAUAAUCAACUGAAUGGUGGUAUACCAAGAGAACUCGGAUCACUAGUUGAUCUGUUGUAUCUUGACCUGUCCAUAAAUAGAUUGAGUGGGUCAAUACCGGGAAAUCUAGAAAAAUGCUUACAACUAUAUUACUUGAACUUGAGCUAUAAUAGUUUUAGCCAAAAAAUUCCGCCUGAGAUGUACAAGUUAGCUCACCUGUCUCAACUGGAUUUGAGUCAUAAUUUUCUCGCGGGAGAAAUAUCAUCGCAAAUUGAAAAUUUGCAGAGUUUGGAGGAGUUAAAUCUCUCCCACAAUAACUUCUCUGGUUUACUUCCAAAGGCUUUUGAAGAGACACAUAGCUUGAUGUAUGUUGACAUAUCCUACAAUGGGUUUCGAGGUCCUAUUCCCAGCAGCAAAGCCUUCAGAAAUGCUAGCAUAGAGGCAUUACAAGGGAACAACGGUUUGUGUGGCAAUGUGUCAGGAUUGGAACCUUGCAAUAAUUGCCCUACAGUUUACAUUGCGAAGGAAAGCCACAAACUCAAUCUAGUUCUUAUGAUCGCAUUACCUCUUGUGGGAGCACUUUUACUUCUUGGUGCAUUCAUUGGACUCCUUGUCAUGUUUGAUAGAAGAAAAAGUAAAGUGUCAAUUGAACAAAGCAAUUUGCAUGAUGAAAAUCUGUUUUCAAUUUUGAAUUUUGAUGGAAGAGCAAUGUAUGAUGAAAUCUUAAAAGCCACCAAUGAUUUUGAUGCCUCAUAUUGUAUUGGAGAAGGAGGACAUGGAACUGUUUACAAAGCAAAGUUGCCGCCAGACAAUAUAGUGGCUGUGAAGAAACUUCACCCAUUAUCCGAGACAGCUGAUCAUAAAGGGUUUUUGAGCGAGGUAAGGACAUUGACAGAAGUACGCCAUAGGAACAUUGUAAAGCUUUAUGGUUUCUGUUUACAUGAUCGGCACUCAUUUUUGAUUUAUGAGUACCUUGAAAGGGGUAGCUUGGCUACGAUCCUGAGUAGAAAUGAAGAAGCUGAAAAUUUGGAUUGGCCUAAGAGGGUAAAUAUCAUCAAGGGGGUGGCUCAUGCACUGUCUUACAUGCACCAUGAGUGCUCACCACCAAUUGUUCAUAGGGACAUAUCAAGCAACAAUAUUUUGUUGGACCCCGAGGAUGAGGCUCAUGUUUCAGAUUUUGGCACUGCUAAACUUCUGAAGCUAGACUCCUCAAAUUGGAGCACACUUGCAGGCACAUAUGGAUACAUAGCACCAGAGUUUGCAUUCGCAAUGAAGGUAACUGAAAAGUGUGAUGUGUAUAGCUUUGGGGUGUUGAUACUAGAAGUGAUCAAAGGAAAGCAUCCGAGAAAUUUCAUCACCUCGCUAUCAUCUUCAUCCAUUGAUCAGAACAUAGUGCUGAAAGAUGUGUUGGACCAACGCCUUUCAGCUCCCUCAGCCGAAGGUGAAGAGGUGUUGAUAUCAAUUAUAAAGUUGGCCAUUGCAUGCUUGAAUGUCAAUCCACAAUCUAGGCCGACCAUGCACAUUGUCUCUCAACAGUUAUCAACCCAAGCAAUACCUUCCCAGAGGUCAGAACCAUCCAGCUCAGAUACACUUGGUGUGGAAGGCUAG